CGCUACCGGUUCUCCAGAACCUGCUGGAUUUCACCCCUGCCACCACCCCCAGGCCUGUGCUCAUGUUCUGUUCAGGGCUUCUGUUCAUUAAACAAGGACUUUCAAAAGAAGGCCAAUGCAGAAACCAAGGCCUUAAUCAACGUUCACAAGAAAGGCCCAGCUGCCCCAGGCCAAUUCUGUUAUUCUGUUACUCAUCUUAAAAUAAGACCCCAAGUGAUAGUAAUGCAGAGUUGGGUGCAUGGGGUGAGUGACAGGGCUGGGGGAUGGAGCAGCUGGCAGCAAGGGGUAGAUACGUUGCCAAAAGGGCAAAGAUGAGAGAGAGAGAUAAGUGGAUGAGGGUGAGUUGAAGCAGAGGCAGCCUAAGUGGAGCAUUUAUGUCAAUUCUGUCACUUAGCAACAGGCAGGGUAGUUAAGUGAGGACUUAUCUUUUUAUGAUUUCCCAGAGAGACUGUGUGAAUAGAAAAUUAAAGGGAAGAAAUAAAAUAUUUUUUAUUUAAGAAAUCUCAAAAGUUAUAGACAGGAAUAUUACAUCUAAUAAUAGCAAUACUAAACACAGAACAGCUUACCAGUUCGUUUUCCUACAUGUUUACUUCAAAAUAAGAUGGACAAUCUUGAUGGGUGUGGGGGAAUGAAAGAAAUGAGAUCUUGUCUACAGCCUUCAGGCUUUUACCCAUACUAGUCGUUUCUAAAUAGUCUGCCAAAUUUCCCUGCUGUAAAGACAUUCUGGACACUGGAUUCAAAACAUAAAUUGUAAUAAAACAAAGAUGCUACGAGGAUAGAAGCUUUCCCUCCCAUGUUUUCUUGGGUUGAUUAAUGAAACCUAUUCGGUGAGAAUUGUAUAGAAAUUUUUAAGUAAAGCAGAUGGAAAUUAAAUUUAAAGGACUUCUGUCCAAGAUUUAAUCCACAUAUCUGAAAAAAAUAUGUAAUGCAUACAUUGUUGGUUUAUCUUCUUUACUUUCUCCCUAGAAGUAAGCACUUUAAAGGAUCUCUUCAGUCUUGCAAGCAAUGAACAUGACAUCUCCAUGGCCAGGUACAGCAGGCUACCCAAAAAGAAAGACAAUGGAAAGCUAAAGGCUGAAGUUGCCAAAGAGGUCGCCAGUGCCCGAAGGAAGCAGCAUCUGUCAUCAUUACAAUAUUACUGUGCCUUGAAUGCUUUACAGUAUCGUAAAAGAGUUGCUAUGAUGGAGCCCAUGCUGGGAUACGCACAUUCACAGAUUAAUUUUUUGAAGAAAGGAGCAGAGAGGUUUUCAAAAAAGCUGGAUGGCUUUUUAACAUCGGUUACAAAUACGGUGCAGAGCAUCCAAGAAGAAUCGGAUGCCGAAAUUGAAGCCAUGCGGGUAUCUCAGCAAGAUCUGCUUUCAGUUGGGGAAUCAGUAUAUACGCCCGAUUUUGAUGCUUCUCCUGUCAUCAACAAAAAUCUUAUCCAGAAAGCAGGCUACCUAAACCUUAGAAAGUAAUGUGGAAACUCGGAAUUGUUUAUUUAU